UGGAACUUAGCAGAGGAAGUCCGUACUAGGAAGGGACCCAGGGAACCAGACCCAGCUCAAACCUUUACCAUGCUUGUCACAGAUGGCUCCCUGGUGGCUGCCAUCUGGGCAGCACUCCAUCCUAGGACUCUGCUGCUGACUGCUGUCACCUUCCUGUUCCUGACCAACUACCUAAAAAACAGGCGCCCCAAGAACCACCCUCCAGGGCCCUGGCGCCUGCCCUUUGUGGGCAAUUUGUUCCAGUUGGAUUUGGAGCAGACGCAUCUGGUGAUACAGCAGUUUGUGAAGAAGUAUGGAAACCUAAUUAGCCUGGAUUUUGGUAACAUCCCCUCAGUGGUCAUAACUGGACUGCCCUUAAUCAAAGAAGCUUUCACUCAAAUGGAACAAAACUUUUUGAAACGUCCCAUUACACCACUCAGAGAACGUGUCUUUAAAACAAUGGGAUUGAUCAUGUCCAAUGGCCAGACAUGGAAGGAGCAGAGGUUUGCACUAAUGACACUCAAGAACUUUGGAUUGGGGAAGAAGAGCUUAGAGCAGCUUAUACAGGAGGAGGCCCUACAUCUUGCAGAUGCCAUAGGAGAGGAGGAAGGACAGCCUUUUGACCCUCACUUCAUGAUCAACAAUGCAGUGUCCAAUAUCAUUUGCUCCAUCACCUUCGGGGAGCGUUUUGGGUAUGAGGACAGUCAGUUUCAGGAGCUGCUGAGAUUAUUAGAUGAAGCCACAUGUUUGGAAGCAUCAAGGAUGUGCCUGCUCUACAAUGUCUUUCCAUCCAUAAUGAAAUAUCUUCCUGGAUCACAUCAAACAGUUUUCAGAAACUGGGAAAAGCUGAAAUUAUUUGUUUCCCGUAUGAUGGACAGUCCGAAAGAUUGGAAUCCUGUUGAGCCAAGAGACUUCAUUGACUCUUUCCUUACAGAAAUGGCAAAGUACCCAGACAAAACUACAAGUUUUAAUGAAGAAAACCUCAUCUGCAGCACUCUGGACCUCUUCUUUGCUGGAACAGAGACAACAUCCACGACACUGCGCUGGGCUCUGCUCUACAUGUCUGUAGACUCAGAAGUUCAAGAAAAAGUGCAGGCUGAGAUAGACAGAGUGAUUGGUCAUGGGAGGCAGCCAAGCACAGCUGACCGAGAGUCCAUGCCCUACACCAAUGCUGUCAUCCAUGAGGUGCAGAGGAUGGGCAACAUCAUCCCCUUGAAUGUUCCCAGGGAAGUAACAGCAGAUAGCACACUUGCUGGAUUCCACCUGCCGAAGGGAACUAUGGUCCUGACCAAUUUGACUGCUCUGCACAGGGACCCCAAAGAGUGGGCCACUCCAGACAUCUUCAACCCAGAACACUUUUUGGAGAAUGGUCUGUUUAAGAAGAGAGAAUCCUUUCUGCCAUUCUCAAUGGGAAAGAGAGCUUGCCUGGGAGAACAAUUGGCCAGAACUGAGCUGUUCAUUUUCUUCACUGCUCUCAUGCAAAAGUUUACCUUCAAGCCCCCAGUCAAUGAGAAGCUGAGCCUGAAGUUCAGAAUGGGCCUGACCCUUUCCCCAGUCAGCUACCGCAUCUGUGCUGUCCCCAGACUGUGAUGCUGGAAAAGGAAAGAGAAAAGAAAAGAAAAGAAAAGAAAAGAGAAUGGCUUACACUUUAAACCCACUGAUGUGUACACACACAGGAGGACACGGGAUGAAGGCAACUGAGGAAAGAUGGAAGGAAUUGGAGAGAGGAAAUUAAAUCAGAUUCCUAGACUGCUGGACUCCCAAGUUGACGCUGCUUAUAGGAUUUAGGAGCUCAUAAAAGUUGCUAAAGUAAUAAUGACUAUUUCCAUUUUUGAAUUAUAUGUAAAAUGACAUGAUGUAUUAAAAUGCUAUUUAAGUCAUAACUCAAAUCA